AUGCUCCUCUUCUGCCCUUCAUGCAGCAACAUGCUCAUCAUCACAACCGUGCCCGCCGCGCAUUGUAGUCCCGAAGACGCAGGCAACCAGGGCAAAAAUCGCUUCGAAUGCCGCACAUGCCCGUACCAAAUGGUCCUGGACAGACGGUACUAUGAGCGAAAAGCCAUGACGCUCAAACCUGUCGAAGACAUUCUCGGUGGAGCUGAGAGCUGGAAGAAUGUCGACAAGACCGAAGCAAAAUGUCCAACAGAGACAUGUGAUAGCCGCAUGGCAUACUUCCGACAAGUCCAGAUCCGCAGUGCUGAUGAGCCGUCGACGAGUUUCUACAAGUGCGUCAAAUGCACGAGAGAGUGGCGCGAGAACUGA